UCGCGUUUUAAAUUUUUUUUGUAGAUAUGUAUAAAAAAAUAGUUACUGCAGAGCUCACUUUUACUUGUUUGUCAGCUCUAUGUAUUUCACUAUCAUUGCAAAGGAUUGAAUGUUCUGAAUGCCUACAUCAAAAAGUAAAAUAUCGAAUGCAUUCGUCCGUUUUUUUAUGAAGUCACGACGUAUGCUAGCUAACUCACUACUUUUUAUAUUCAAUCCAAGGUUUGUUAUGUUAAGCUCAAUAGAAAAGUUGGUGAAAUUUUUACAUGUAUUAAUACAUGUAUAUUGUGUAACCUGGCGACAGAUAUCACUUUAGAAUCCUAUUUGGUUGUCAUUUUCAUCCUGUUCAAAGCACACCAAGAGGGAGUUAAAUACUAAGUUGUCAUACGAUUCUCAUUUAAUCAACAAUGAUGAUAAGUUUUGUGACCGUCAUGCAAAGACCCACUUCAAAUGGCCCUUAAUUCGUCAUAAAUCUGAAGAUAUUAGUACUUCAGGUUCUUUCAUUCAACCUGGGUACAAAUUCAGUUAUGAAACGGACUGUAAUGUUAAACAAAUCGAAUUUACAAAGCCAUCAGAUUUAAUCGCUCUCAAUGGUCUAGAUGGUCAGACACAAACAUUCAAUUUUAGUACAGCUUUUAAUUUUUCCCAAACCAAGUCUGUCGAUCAGGAUGCUAGUAAUAACUACAAAACAAUUUUUACCUACUCCGAUCCUGUUACAAAUGUUAUAGAUUGUCAAUUAGACAUUUUUGAUUUUAUGGAUACUGGAUAUUCCAAAAAUGUAAACAGUCGAUUACAUUAUUCAUUCCUUGUCCUAUCAGCUUUAUUAUUGAUUAUAUUCUUUCCAUUCUUGUGUUGGUUUUAUGUGAAGCGUCUUGCGAAAAGUGAACGAAUCAUUGUAUUUCGACUCGGGAAACGAAUGAAAUCUAAAGGACCUGGUUGGGUAUUUCUGUUGCCUAUAUGUGAUCGUUACCACUUAAUUACUCUCGAUGAUCAACUAGUAAAAAUUAAACCUGUAUCUGGUGGUACAAAAGAUGAAGCUGUUGUAGAAGUGACAUGUUCAAUAGUAUUUUAUUUAUUAGAAUCAGAUUAUGCAUUUAGUAUAACUAACAAAAGCCCUUUGGAUAUUGUUACUACACAAACUCAAUUGUGUUUAUUAUCAGCAUUAACUCAUUUAGAAUGGUAUUAUUUAGAACAAGGUAAUGCAAAAAUUGACUUGGCUAAUGAAACAAAAGGCACAUUAAAUUCUCGUUGUGGUCCAUACGGCAUUCAUGUGAAAGAAGUUACUAUUGAUGGUUUAGUUCUACUCCGUCCGCCACCAUCGCAUAAUUCCAAGUCAAAUAUUGAACUGGUUACUAAACACUUGCAUCAAUUAUCAUGUGUAUUGCUGAAUAGUCGAGGUGAUAAACCGCUAAUAAAACCACCCACUAGUCAAUCGAAUGUAGAACAACAAAUAAUCAAUUUGUCUAAUGGUUCCGAACAAGCUAAUUCAACAUCAAUGUCAUGUGAUACCACCGACAUAAUAUCAGACUCAGAAAUAACAACUACCACAAUAACUAAUGAAUCUAGUUCUGUUGAAACUACACCACUAUUAAAUAAAGUACAAAAACAGUAUAGUUUUAAGUCUUUAAAUACUCUGUCACAAUUACGCAUUUCACAUAAUUAUCCUGCUUUAUCGAAAGCAAUAACACGUGCUCAAGGUCUACUUAAUAGUAAUAUCGCUUGUCAAGCUCUUGAUUGUGCAUCAUUACAAUUAGUUAUAUCAAUGGAGAACAAAUUUGUCAAAGAUCAUUUACCAUUAUUGAAUUCAGUGGAAAAUCGAAAUUUUAUUCUACUUUAUUUGGAUGCUGGUACUGGAACUGUCGGUUCAGGUUGUCUACCAGUUGAUAAACAACCAGCAAAUGUUACACUUUUCAUACAUAUUGACGAUUUAACCGAUGUGGUAGAAGGUCGUUUAGAUGUAAUAAACGCAAUAAAAUCUGACAAAGCUUUCAUGACCGGUUCAUUAUCAGUGUUAUCAAAAAUGCGUCAUUUACUUUAUCUGCCUCCAGUUUAAGAAUAUGAUAAGCAUUAGUUACUAUUAGGUCAAAUGAUUGUGCAUUUCUUUUUCGAUCAACAUUUACCCUGACCAAAUUUUUUUUCUCUUAGUCGUUUUAAAUUAGUCAACCUUGUUUUUUUUCCUUUUUUUAAAAAAAAAAUUCGAAUCAUGUGUUUGUUAUUUAUUGUCUUAGUUCGAACCCGACAUUAUUUUACUUCAUAUUGAUUCAUAUUCAUUUGUUCUUUAUUGUCCUUAUUUCAUCUCAAAAAAAAGCAAAACAUUGUACUUUUUCUUAGGUCUCACACCUAAAUGGAAUGCAUUAUGUUAUUGGGUGUUUUAUUUCGUUUCAGUAGUCAAAACGCAUUUCAAUCAUGAACAUUUUCAUCAUUUAUUAAUUGCUUAUUCUAGUUCGGCAAUUUUUAUGCGAAUAAUAUACAUAUAUAUGUAUUUUAAUAUGAUUUUACAUAUAAGCUGAUCUCUCGUUAUUAUAGUUAUCUUUGUUGGCAUUAUUGAAUUUCAUUACAAUAAUAAACUUAUAUGAUUAAUUAACAAGUUUAUAUAUUUUUAUGCUCUAACUAAAGUAGUAAUAUCUGUUAGGCCAGUCGUAA